GUGGGGGAGCUGUCUUUGCGGUCAAUUGAGGAGCCAGAAGAAGAAGGGCGAGCGAUCUCUCUGGCUGUUUGGUUGAAGAAUAUGGGCGACGACAUGCUGGAUAUCAUCUGGUGGCUGGAGGACGGGCCGGAUCCCCAGCUGGAAGCCUGCAUCGACCGGAAGAGGGCAGAGGCCAUGAUGUCUACCUGCUAUGACCUCUUCGCUGAGGGUCGCAACCUGCGUUAUAAGCUUGAAGACCAGUUGAAGGGCAAAGACGACCUGGAGGGUGAGGACUGGCAGGAGGACAGAGCGCAGGGAGACGAGGUUAACUCCAGCAUCAGCAUCAGCAUCAACAACAACAACAUCAAGGACAACAACAACAUCAACAACAACAACGACUACAACAACAACAACAACGACAACAACAACAGUUACAACGACAACAAUAAUGAUGACAACAUCAACAUCAACAACCAAAACGUCAACAACAACACCUACAACGGGAGCGCUGAACAUGGCAGCAGCGGGGUGGAGAACGGUGCCCGCGCAUAUCUGAUCAUCGUCAGCGACAUGGGAGAGAUGCCGCAUGUGACUGUUGAGAAGAGGACUCGAGUUCACAUGAUGCACUUGAGGAUGAAUGAAUGGUACACUCAUGUAAGGCCAUACUCACACUGCGACCCCAAAUCCGCAAAAUAUGCGGAUUUGGGAAAGGAGGACUUGAGGUUUUGGGCAUGGUUCAGGUCGCACUGCUGUACCUUUUCGGAGGGGACAAGGCUGUGGCCGUCCGAUUUGGUACUUUGCUGGUCACAUGGCGCCAUCCACAAAUUUUGCAAGAACUUUUGUGAACAAGUUUUCACCAAUUUCCAAAGAAAAUGCUAAAAAAUAAAUAGGGCAUUUGCGG